AUGGCAGCUGCAAGCUCAACGCAGCCAUCAUUGUAUCAACACUAUUUCACGGGACAUCUUCCGACUAAUUCAUCGAUUACUGUAAACAACAGAGCAAGCUUGAAUUCAGAAGCAAAAAGUACUGCUUGGAGCAGUCCGGUCGCUGGGCAACAGCUUAAUGAAGAUUCUGGAAUGAAUGUAAGAAAUGGAAGGGCUGAAGGCGGUUCGUGGACAAACGAUCUAGCUGCUACAAGUUUCAUGCCAUCGUCAGCGAAUGGUCAAAACAGUUGUUGUUCAGUUAACAGUUACAGUGGAUGGAAUAGUGAUUAUAUGUCCAAUUCUGACCGUUAUACCUCCCAAAACACCUCACAGCAGGUGAAUCGUGCAACGCCGAAAGGUCAAAAGUCGGAAUUGGCGAUUGCAUCGCCUACCAGAAAUUCAGAACCACAUCUCGCGAAUCCGCGAUAUACUGAUUCACAGGGUUCUUCCAGUUCACAAGCUUUACUUCAACCGGAAUGUGAAUCUCAUCCUCGACCCACAAGCAGUCGGAAGAGGCAUGCAGAUACCUAUCAGCUCAAGCCUUCCUUGACUAGUUCUAAUUUGAGAACACCUGAACUGCUACGGAAAAGUUUGCUUCCAUGUUUAUAUCCACUGCCAAUGCCGACUAGUGAAACGUUGUCUGCUGCUCAGUUCGGACCGCUGAAUUGUCGUGUUGAUAAUUCAUUGUUGGUUUUGACGAAAAAGUUCAUGCAAUUGCAACCUCAAGCGAAUGAAGAUGGAUUAUUAAAUUUGAACGAAGCAGCUAUGCGAUUGGGCGUUCAAAAGCGACGUCUUUAUGAUAUAACGAAUGUACUGGAAGGAAUUGACAUGAUUGAGAAAAUGGGAAAGAACAGUAUACGGUGGAAGAGUAAUGAUGAAAUUGGUUCACGUGGAAUUGAAGCACAAAGGCUUAAAGAGGAGAUUAAAAGCUUAGAUAAAUACGAACAAUCAUUGGAUGAAUUAAUCACAAGUAUCGAAAAUGCACUAAAGUUAGCCAAAGAAGAUCCAACCGAUCGAGUCUACAGUUAUGUGAAAUAUGCAGAUCUUCGCAUGUUGCCAGGAAUGUCUGAUCAGACGUUGAUAGCAAUCAAAGCUCCUAAGGACUCAUACUCGUCCAUCGAUGUAACAGAUCCAGUAGAAACAGGAAAAUUCGAAAUAAUGAUCAGGAACGCACAAAAGGAGUCAUUAGAGGCCUAUCUUUGUCCACAUGUUUCACCAAAGAAUCAGCAGUUUCAGAAAGAAGAGUCAUGUGACACGUCGGUUCAAGAAGUUCAAGAAGACAGACAUAACUGGUCUGAACGAGCAGCAAAUAAUGCAUUUCAAGAAAGCAGUGGAGAUGCACAACAAGUGCCAAUUCCAGGACCGAGUAAUGACAAUAACGUCAGCAUUUUACCGCUUAAUACAUUGAGUACUUUCUACGCUCCACCAAAUUUACAUACCUCUCCACUAAAAAUGGUCGUUGAGGGUCCUUUGCAACAAGCAGUUUCGAGCUCAAACACGGAGGAUACGGCAACAAAUUCUUAUGGUUUGCUAAGCUUGGAUCCAGUAGAUGAAAGUGAACCGUAUAUGUAUAGUAUUGGGGAGCAGGAAUCAAUUCAAACUUUAUAUGACUGGCCGUAA